GCCACGUGGAGGAGACUAUGCCCCUGAACCACCACUUUUGUCUCUGCUCUUUUCUUUCGGAAGCAGAACAGAAGCAAAGGAGAAGAGAAAUAGGGGAUUUUCAUUGAAUGCGUUUGGUGACGAUUUCUCUAUAACCGUUUGGGAAGAUUUCGAUGGAAAUGGAGGGAAAUCAUCGAAAUCCAAAUCUAGAAAUGGAGAGCUGGGAUCGAAACGACGAAGCAAUUAGGAUUCCGGCAUGUUCGGAUACGUCGGGAGUCACCAACGACAAGAAUCCAAUAGAUUUUGUAGAGCCGAGAAACAACGCCGGAUCGGGCCACCAAAUGGUGAAACAUGUGUCCAUGACAUGGACAGAUGAGAAGCACAGUUCAUAUCUCAGUUCCAUAGAAGCAUCAUUUGUUAAGCAGUUACAUAACCACAAGUAUCCAUCAAUGCAUUUCCAUGGUUGGCUAUCAAGAAGAAGACGAAAACUGAUAGAUCUGAACUCCAUUCCAUCGAACGCCAACACCCAUUUCUCUUCUGGACAGUUUAAAGUUCACCGUAGAGGCUGCUGGGAGAAAUUGGUUUUCAGAGGGGCUCAUAGUCGGCAAGGCACUGAAAAUGAAUCUCAUCUUCUCUUGGUAAAUCCAUGGAUCCAGCAUUUCAGGUCAGCUUCCACCGGCAAAGAGAUAGAGGCAACGUUACCCAAACCGGAAGAAAACGGUAUGCCAGCUGGCAAAGCAAUGUACUUGGGAGGACAGAAGCAUGAAUCACCAACCUGUGGAAUAGUAACAAGUUCAAGGCAACUUCCACCUUCACACUCUGAAAUAUGUGGCCAAGAUUCUGUUGGCAGCAAUAUAGAGAUGUCAGAUCAGAACUUUGUGAAUGAAGACACUGAAGCAGAGGAGCAGUUAAAAGAGAGGGACGAUUGCAAUGGAGAUUAUAAGCACUAUAAAGAAAGAUUGAGAUUGUAGAGAUGGGCAAUCAGAAAACAAGACGGGCUUGGCAUGCACGGGAUCUGGGCCUUCAUUUCUCAAGGACCCAUAGCUGUAGGGAGGACAGCACGACGCAACAGAACAACUUAUAACAGAAUCUGAAGAGAGGAUGGAAAGCUGAAGUUGCAUUGCUAUCUGGAGUUAUUUACCCUUGGAAGGAAGAAAUGGGUUGGAAUAUGAAACCAAGUUAACCAACGGCAUGGCUCAGGAGUGAGUUUUUACUAGAAAUGUUGCUGACUCAAUUGCAUCUGAGUAGUUACGGAGAAAAUCAGUAGAAGGAAUCUGAUAUUGGUUGAAGUUAAUAGUAAGGAAAUGAGUAGGAGGAAUCUGAUACUGGUUCGUUUCAAUCAUCUUACUUUAAGGUAUGGCUUAUAUUAGGUAGCCUCUUGUAAGCUUUUAAUGAUGCAUACAUGUACGUUGUUCACUC